AUGCGUUCUCCUCGCCGCAACGGCGCAAGCGCAGAUAGCCCGCCCUUCAAACGACUCUUCCGAUCUUUAUCUCCCAAUGCUUUAUACGAAUUUCAAAUUAAUGACGAGACAGUUUCCGCUACCAGGUGUCAAUCUAGCGCCACUGACUGGAAGCCUGAGAAGGAUAUUCCGGGAUGGCGUCUAUUCGUUCCCAUAGGCGCCAACAACGCCUCCGAUGUCAAGGGGAAUAAUAUUGCCUAUAUCAGCUGCGACGACUCUGCUUACCCGGGGAAUCUUAAAGCGGAUGACACAAUCCGGACAGCUGUGCUCACAGAGUCCCGUCCGAAAGCAAUCGUUCUUUACAGCACAAAGUUUGAGCACUGCAACUACUCCUCCACAGGCCUAACCUGGCCUCCAUACAGGAAUGUUUUCACCGUCACCGAUAUCCGAGUCUCCCACGACAUACUAGCUGGUCUGUUCUCCGAGCCUCAGUCCAAUGAAGAGACGUCAUAUAUAGUUCCAGACCUGGAGGAAGAUUUGCCAAGACCUGGGACUGAUCAUGGACGGAGAAACAAUGCGCCAGCAGCCAUGAUCAUUCUAUAUAGUAUCACGGGCAUCAUCACUGCUCUGUUCCUUAGCGUCAUCGUCACCGGCGCCAUACGAGCACAUCUCAAUCCGGAGCGCUAUGGGCCUCGCAACAUUGUUGGUCGCCCACGCCAGAGUCGCGCCAAGGGGAUUGCGCGUGCAAUGCUGGAAACAAUACCAAUUAUCAAGUUUGACGACUCUAGCGAUGGGACUAAACAAGUCGCCAAGGCCGAUAUCGAGAUGACGGAACCACAAGAGGAGCAGCAGCAGCAACAACAACAACAACAAGCACAGCAGCAACAGAAACAACAAGAAUCGUUGCAGGAGCAGGAAGAUAAACCAACCGCAUCGCUUAAGGCUAAGGCAACAGACAGUGAAUCACACUGUGACGGCUCCAUCGGCCCGGCAUCACCAGAACCCCAAGUUAUCAAUCCCGACGUACCACCUGAAACGGGCACGUUGGGAUGCCCGAUCUGUACAGAUGACUUCAUAAAGGGCCAAGACGUGCGGCUUCUACCCUGCCAGCACAAAUUUCACCCCGAAUGCGUCGACCCCUGGUUAAUAAAUGUCUCUGGCACUUGUCCUCUCUGUCGCGUAAAUCUCAACCCCCCAGACCCCGACAACGCUGAUGGAUCCGACCGCGAUCAUGACUCAGAAGACCCCACCCGAUCCCCCUCCCCCUCCCAAAAUCCCCACAGCAACCGCUUCCUCUCCCCCCUCCGCAACCCCCGCGGCUUUUCCCGCCGUCACCACGGCGUAUCCACGCUCUUCGGCUCCUCCUCCACCAGCGGCAUGGGCUCUCACGCCAUUGUUGAAGAUCAUAUUUAUACGCUGCGCGGGCUGCGCCGUUCGCGCCACGAGCGCGACGCGAAUAUGACGGCAAGAGGUGCAAUUGAAGAGCAGGAUGAGGAGGGGGAGGCAUCGCUCUCUGCUCCCGGAGCUGGUGCGGCGGAGGAUAGGUCCAGGAGGAGUCGGCUAUGGCGGUUGAGGGGGAGGUUUUUGUCCCGGUCGCGAUCCCGGUCGAGGAGGGAUUUGAGUAUGGAGAGGAGCGUGAGUUUGGAGGCGGAGGCGGAGGCGGAGUCGGAGUCGGACGCUAUACGGCAAGCAACGACUGCCACAAUGCCGAAUACUCCCAGUAUCGAUACUGGUGCUGGUGCCGUGAAUCCCUCUGGUGAUGCUCAGGUUGCAGAUCUGACACCACAAGUUACGACAGCGGCGACGAUGACGACGACGACGAAUACAACGCCAACUUAA